AUGUUCGGGGUACCGUCCCUCUUUUGGGCAUCGGUACUCGCUGUGCUCUUUCACCUCGCGUGGACGGCAAGUGCUGCAAAGGGUACGGUGAAGGCUCUUUCGGGUGACCAAGUCUCCUGGUACAAACCUUUCACGUACUUCGCGAGCGCGACCUACUGCAAGCCUCCAACUACGUUGGCAUGGAACUGCGGAGUCAAUUGCGAGGCUAACCCCGAUUUCGUGCCGAGUGCUUCUGGUGGAGAUGGGGCGCUUACGCAGUACUGUAAAGACCUCAGGUAUGUUGGAUACGAUCCUGGGCACACUACGGUGAUCGUAGGCUAUCAAGGGACGAACUUGACGGAAUUCUUUGCCGACUUCACCGACGCAAACUUCUUCCUUGCUCAACUCGAUCCUGAGCUCUUCCCCGGCAUGAGGCCGCCGAUCCUCGCCCACAGUGGCUUCCUUGCCGCCCAUGCACGUACUUCAGAUGCGGUAUUCGACGCAGUGAAAGCAACUAUAGCGGCGCAUCCAGCAGAUAGCGUUACGGUUGUCGGACAUUCACUUGGUUCUGCUCUUGCACUACUGGAAGCUGUAUCUCUCCAGCUGCGUCUCCCGGGAAUGCCUGUGCAACACAUUGGAUACGGAACACCUCGUGUCGGCAAUCCGGACUUCGCGCACUGGGUUGAUGUGCACUGUCCUGGAAGGAUCACGCGUAUCAUAAACAGCAAAGACCCAGUCGGCAUCGUGCCAGGUCAGUUCCUCGGCUAUGAACACGUCGCAGGAGAGAUCUACAUCACAGACGGUGGCUGGAUGAAGUGCGCUGGAAACGAUAAUCCCAGUAAACAAUGCGCGACGGGAGACACUGUUAGUGUGUUCGCUGCUGAAGCGGAGAAUCAUAACGGACCUUUCGAUGGGGUGAAGAUGGGCUGUCCGACGACGUCAUGA